CCCUAACCUUAUGUAGUCCUACAUAUAGAGCUUAGUCGGGACCGUUACUAGGUACAUGCUAUAAAUGAUGUAUUAUUCAUGUCUAGGGGCCUUUGCUAUCUUUAGAUUCGUGUAGGAUGACCUAAUCAUUCAGUGCGACGCACACGCCCCUAUAUGUAUAUACGUGGUAGGUAACAGAGUUACAUGUUAUAUUGAUUCAUGAAUAUGUGUAUAUCUACAUACGUCUUACAUACAUCGGUUCGUGUACAACAUAAUCCACGUUCUAGGCAUGAUCAUGGUUACCACGAGCCUUACAUGGUACCGUCUUACCGUGCUUGGUUUACUCAGCUUUAUCUUCAAAAUUCUCUUCAUAUCUCCCUAGCGUAUCUCGCUAUCAUGAGGGCGUCCUUUGGGAGGAGCAUGCGUGAGGCCCACUUCAACUUUGCCUCUUCCUACACCCCAUUAAAUCAUGGUUCCUUCGGAGCCUCCCCUUCGCGUGUUACGGGAUAUCAAACAUUCCUACGGGGCCAAACCGAAAAAGAGCCCGACACCUUCAUCCGCUUCACCUAUCCCACACUCCUGCGGGAAUCAAGGAGGACCAUCGCCCCCCUGCUAGGAGUAGAGACGGACGAAGUCGUCUUCGUGCCCAAUGCUCUCACUGCGAUAAACACCGUCUUGAGGAACUUAACCUACCAAAAUGGCGAUGUCAUACUAUACUUUAGUACCAUAUAUGAUUCAUGUCUAAAGACUAUGCAGUCGCUUGAAGAGACCACCAAUGUGAGAGGAUACUGCAUUGAUCUGGUUUAUCCCGUGGAGGACGAUGAGAUUUGCGAGAAAUUCCUUGCGGCCGUUCUCGAGACUCGGCGUCAAGGCAGGACCACCAAGCUAGCCAUGUUUGACACGGUUCUUACUUUUCCUGGAGUGCGAUUCCCAUGGGAACGCGUGACACAGAUAUGCAAAGAACACGACAUCCUUAGUUGCAUAGAUGGUGCGCAUGGGAUAGGUCAUAUUGAUUUGCGUCAUCUAAAUGAAGUCGGGCCUGAUUUCUUGAUAACUAAUUGCUACAAGUGGCUUAUGGUACCUCGCGGCUGCGCGGUGUUAUACGUACCUUAUCGUAACCAGGCUUUGAUUAGGACGACAUAUCCAACCGCGGAAGGCUAUUUGCCAGUUAGUGAACGCGAGUCGCUAUCCCCGACACGUUAUUUCGUCCAGCUAUUCGAGAAGGUAUCUACUGUGGAUACUACACCAUACGUUUGUGUCCCUGAAGCGUUGGCCUUCCGGGCCCACGUUUGUGGCGGCGAGGAGCAGAUACGUGAAUAUUGCAUCCGCUUGGCACGAGAGGGCGGAGAAGUAAUGGCAGCUAUGAUGGGAACCGAGGUUCUCAAGAGCAAAAAGGGGCCUCUUCGGGAUUGUUGCUUCACUAACGUGAGACUGCCCCUGGAUGUGACGGAAGAGCAGGAGAGCGCGAAGGAUACAGGCAAGAUCCCGGCCAGAGAAGCGAAGGCCGUGGCCGACUGGAUCACCAAGACCUCCGUGGAAGAAUUCCAUACAUUCAUACCAGCGAGGUAUUACGCCGGCGCCUUUUGGGUUAGGAUAUCUAGCCAGAUCUACCUCGAACGAAGCGAUUUUCAGUGGGCUGCCAAUGUCCUACUUGAUCUCUGUAGCCGAGUGAAAAAAGGACAACACUUAGUCUCUGUAGCUAGUAACAAAGGGACAAUUCUUACACCCUAGGUUCGGUGUGUCUGUUUGAGAAUGAAGUUGUGUAGAGAGAAAAUUGCCAAAGACGACUGAAUUUCCUUUCAAAGGCUAGUAGUCAUGAUACGUACCUGUGUAAGGGGGGUGAAGACAACACUUAAUUAUCUAAACUCUGCAAAACUAAACCGACAGACGUUCCAAGAUACUAACCUAGGUAUGUAACCGCCCGUGCUUACAUAGCAGGAUACAAUAUAAUUUUAGCAAAGACGUACAUACACUAUGUAGGCAUGUAAGGAGUUCCGGAAAUGUUACCCAAUCAAUUUUCUGUGGCUGAUUUUCGCUCGUCGGUGUAUGCCCU